AUGGCCUCGAAAAAGCUUACCCGCACAAGCCAAAGGGCCAAAUCGAAUAGCGCAGCCGUGGAAAAGCCGGUCAAAGCCAAGCCUGCCAAGAGCUCGCCGGCGGCAAAGAAAUCAUCCGGCAGACCUGAAGUCGAUGGAAAAUCACGCCGUGAUGAAAAGCCCGCGACGACAAAACGAAAACGCGUUGCUGCGGAUGAUGAGGAGGAGGACCAGUCUCGUCGCAAGAGGACCAUCAAGCUUGAAGGCCCCACGGAGCAACGCAAAGCAAAGACGGUGCCCAAGAAGGCUGCGCCCGAGAAGGCUGCUCCCAAAAAGGCUGCUCCCAAAAAGGCUGUGCCCAAGAAGGCUGCGCCCAAGAGAGCUGCCAAGAAGGAGGAGGCUGUGUCAGAGGAGCGUGAACUCUUGAACCAAGCUCCCACCGAGCCAAUCGCCGUAUUUUCCUUCGGAAGUGGCGAGUGUGGUGAGCUUGGUCUCGGGCCGAAGCGCACUACCGCUCUGGUACCCAAAUUCAACGCGAACCUCGAUCCCAGCGAGGCGUCCAAGCCUCACGUGGUCCAGCUUGCUUGUGGUGGCAUGCACACCAUUGUUCUUACCUCCGACAACAAGAUUCUGACCUGGGGCGUCAAUGACGAAGGCGCGCUGGGCCGAGAUACCACUUGGGAGGGCGGCAUGAAGGACCUGGACGGAGCGGCAUCAGACAGCGAAGACGAAGAUGGCGAGCUGAAUCCGCACGAAUGCGAGCCCAGAGAAGUCACGUUCAAAAACGUGCCCAAAGACACCAUCUUUACCCAAGUGGCUGCGGGUGACAGCUGCAGCUUUGUGCUUAGUGCGACCGGACACGUGUACGGAUGGGGGGCAUUUCGAGACACCAAGGGAGCUCGUCGGUUUUGCUACGACAAGAACGGCAAGCCUGUCGAGAUACAAAUGGAACCCGUCUUGAUCCCCGAACUGGACAAUGUUAUCCAGAUUGCUUGCGGAGCCAAUCACGUCCUGGCUCUCGACAAGUCGGGCCAGGUUUGGGGCUGGGGCUCGUACGAACAGAAUCAGCUGGGCAGGCAACCGUUUGGUCGGUACCAGUCUGAGACCUUGCUGCCUCGCCAGGUGCGAGUCUGCCCACGCCCCAUCAAGUAUAUCGCCUCGGGAGAAUAUCACUCGUUUGCGGUCGACAAAAAGGACAACGUCUGGGCCUGGGGUCUCAACAGCUUUGGAGAAGCCGGUUACGCCAAGGAAGCUGGCGGGGACGAGGCGAUCCUGCCCUAUCCGAUGAAGAUUCCGGACCUUUGCGGCAAAGGCGUGACAGUGCUGGCUGGCGGGGCCCACCAUUCUGGAGCCGUCACGGCCGAGGGCAAGUGCUACGUGUGGGGACGGCUGGAUGGCGGCCAGCUUGGCAUCCAGUUUUCGCAAAGCCAGCUCGACGACGACACGAUUGUGCGCCGCGACGAAUACAACAAGCCACGCAUCUGUCUCCGCCCGACAGAAGUGACGGAGAUUGGGGAGGUGGCCCACGUUGCUUGCGGAACCGAUCACACGCUCUUUGUCAACCGGGACGGUGUCGGCUACGCCACGGGAUUCGGAUCCGUCGGCCAGUUGGGGCUCGGCAACGAAGACGACCAGGAUUCUGCGCAGCGCAUGAAGGGCAAAGACAUCAAGGGACGAAAGCUCAUCGGAGCCGCCGCCGGAGGGCAGUUUUCUGUCGUGACCAGCACGGCCGAGGUGCCCACGGGGGAGUAG